UAUUUCCUUUAUUUUGAAUAGGUAUCAAGACAGCAGCCGUGAGAAAAGGUGAUGAAUACAUCAUAAAUGGUGGUAAGAUGUGGACUACAUCUGGGUGCCAAGCAGACUGGAUGUGCCUGCUGGCAAAUACAAGUGAAGGGCAUCCCCAUCGAAAUAAAUCUCUCAUAUGUCUGCCGAUGAAUCUACCUGGCAUUCACAUUACUAAGAAGAUAGACAAACUGGGCAUGAGGUCAUCGGACACAGCUCAGAUCUUUUUUGAAGACGUAAGAGUCCCUAGCAAAAACCUAAUUGGUGAGGAAGGAAUGGGUUUUACAUAUCAGAUGUUGCAAUUCCAAGAAGAGCGACUGUGGGGAGUAGCCACUGUCUUGACACCACUGGAAACUAUAAUACAAGAAACCAUUGACUACACUCGCCAGCGGAAAGUGUUUGGCCAGUCUGUGCUGCAGAACCAGGCCGUACAUUUCCGCCUGGCAGAGCUGGCAACCGAAGUGGAGCUGCUUCGCUCGCUGCUGUACCGUACCAUUGCUCUCUACGUGGAAGGCAAUGAUGUGACCAAAUUUGCUUCCAUGGCUAAGCUAAAGGCAGGUCGUCUGGCCCGUGAGGUCACUGACAGCUGUCUCCAGUUUUGGGGAGGAAUGGGAUUCACCAGUGAGGUUCUGGUGAGCAGAUUUUACAGGGAUUUGAGACUGCUAUCAAUAGGUGGUGGUACAGAUGAAACCAUGCUUUCUAUUAUAUGCAAAUACAUGGAAACACUUCCAAGGAAAUAACACAUCUGCACUCUUCCUCAGAAACUUAAGAAAGCAAGAGCAUGGUUAUUACUGCAUCCUGAAGGUAACAGACAACGUGAUUCAAGCGUGGAAGAAAUAGGAACGGUAUUUAUAAAAUAACAGUAACUUUUCCAGGAAAAUACUUGUCAGAGUGUUUGACCAAUAUCAUAAUGCACGUUCUCUAAUAUCAAAUUAAUGUUAAUGCCUGCAAGAUUUUUUUCCAUUCUUAGUGAUUUACAGCUUUGAGGGCUGUGGUGAUCCAAGCUAAAGAAAUCUUGUCUUCUUCAAUCAAGGUACAGCUGCAUCUUAGAUCAUCUAUGCAACCAAUUAAGAAACACAACUUCCACAUGGGUCCAGGAUAAUUUCAGUAGUAGCAUAAUCUAAUUUCACUUCACUUUGCUUUCAAGUCACAAAUUAUUUAUUCCAUAUCAGUUGAUAUUCAAGUACAGGAACAAUGGUUUUGUUCUCAGUUCCCAUUAUCUUCCGUAUCUCUCACUUUUAGCAAGUAAACAUCAAAAUUAGUUCCUUCAGCAAAACCAAGUCAAAAAUCACAAGCCCCCCAAUCCAGUCACCAUCAUUACCUUCUUACUCUUUGCUGCACUCUGACACAGAUGAUUGGUGGUAGCACUGGAGGCAGAUUUUUAUCUUUAGAAUACUGCAAACAAUACCUUAAUUGUACUGGAAACUUUUGGAGGCCUGAAUUUCAGCAGUAAGGUUUCAUGUUUUAUGUGCAUUUAUGAAUGAAAAAUAUUAAAGUGUUAACAUGAAUAUUGUAAUCAGUUAAAUGAGACCAUAAAAUGUGCACGCCACGAUUAAGUUGAAGCAGAAGUGUACUAAAUAUUACACUAUUAAAAUAAAUAAAACUAAAUAUUUUCAAUA